AUGUCUCUUACUAUGACUGAGAAAGGAACUCAUACUAUCGAGUUGGAAAAGGCCUCUGAGAAGGAACUUGUUGCUAUGAUCACCAAGCUGGCCAACAUCCUGGAGGAGAAAAGAGAGGCGGCUGGUGUAUCCGAGACAGACACCGAAUGCGGGAGGAAAGGCCAUAAACAGAAACACCGACACCACUCAAGGAAAGAAUUCGAAAAACUCGGGCGCGACUUUAGUUGCUUGGGCAAGAAACCGCGAAAACAUCCCAAAAAACUCUAA